AUGAAAUUUUCUAAAGUACUUAAAGCUGAAUGUGUGCCAGAAUGGAAGAGAAAGUAUAUUGACUACAAAGGCCUAAAAAAGCUCUUGAGCUCCGUAGAGAAGGAACGAAUAACCAGAAUAAUACAAGAAUAUAAGAGUAGUGAUAGUCCCAGGUCCAAAUCACAGAAAGAUGAUAUACCUAUCAGUGAAAUCCCUAUCGCAGGAGGUUGUUGCGGUGAAACUGGUGACAUUUCGGCUAAUAUAAACUUGCGAAUACCUCCGCAGUCACAUGAAAUAUCUCGUCGAAAUAACAUUGCCUAUUCCCUACCACUGCUCACUACAAAACGCGAACAUUCUUCGAUUGAAAGAAAUUGUUUGCCUUCCAAUAAAUCACUUGGCAUGCGAAAUGUACCCGAAAGAAACAAUUCCUUAUUGAACAAACUUUCUUUGAGGAUCUCCUUAGCUACCAAUGAAAAUGCACGAAGCAGGAUAGUCUCGAUCGACACCUUAAUGGACCAAGUGGAUGAAGAAGAGAAGAAAUUUUUCAUUGCUCUACAAAAUGAAAUAAAGAAAGUCUCAGAAUUUUACGACGAGAAACAGGAAGAAGCUUACCAAAAAUUUCAGAAAUUGAAACAAGUAUUUGAAGAAAUAUUAUCCAUAAAAGAGUGUUCCAAUUUAUCGCAUCCAAGAAGAUCUAGACUUUUUUCGUUUAUAGAUUCAAAUGCCAACGUUUCGUCAAUGUCCAAGUCAUCAACCGAUCUUCACAAUGACGGAGAUAUUG